UGCAAUAACUUGUAUAGUUAAGAUGAAUCACCAAAUAAUGACAGCGCUUCAGGGUUUUGUUUGUUUUGCAUUUAACUGCUCAGAGGCUGUUCAGUAACUUCUAUAAUCUUCAAGGCUACAAAACCUGUUUCCUCCAAACAUUUGCUCAGCUGUCCGGGUCACGUGGCCGAGGUCCCUCCUCAACAGGCAACACUUGAAGUUGUUGUCAAGUCGAGCUGCUCCGCUGCUGCUGCUGCUCAACACUGAUGGCGAUGGAGAACUUCAGACAGUUCGCGGUCGCUCUGUCCGCCGCCUUCGCCUUCGGGAUCGUCUCCAUAGUAUUCGUAGGAAUAUGGGUUAAUCACUACAGAGAAGGUUUAGCCUGGGAUGGAGGACCGGCGGAGUUCAACUGGCAUCCGGUCUUGAUAGUCAGCGGAUUCAUUUUCCUGCAGGGGUUAGCCAUCGUGGUGUACAGGCUCCCCUGGACCUGGCAGUACAGCAAACUGACGAUGAAGUUCAUCCACGCAGGCUUGCACUUACUGGCCUUCAUCUUUGCUGUCAUAGCUAUGGUGGCUGUUUUUGACUUCCACAAUGCUGCCAAAAUCCCCAACAUGUACAGUUUGCACAGCUGGCUGGGCCUGACAGCUUUGAUACUCUUCUGUCUGCAGCUUGUUCUUGGAGUUGGCAUGUACUUGAUACCAUUUACACCUGCAUCCUGGAGAGCAGCGUUUAUGCCCCUCCAUGUCUACUCUGGUCUUUUGCUCUUUGGCAGUGUAAUCGCUGUAGCACUCAUGGGCAUCACAGAGAAACUCAUUUUUAGCCUGAGCAACCCGAAGUACAAGGACUCUCCCCCAGAGGCAAUUUUCGUGAAUGUUCUGGGAAUCCUCCUAGUGGUUUUUGGAGCUCUUAUCUUCUGGAUUGCCACUCGAAGAUCUUGGAAACGCCCCAGUGAGCAGAACUUGCAUACUCUGCAUACCAAUGGGGGAAGUGAUGAAAGCGGCAAAGUUGGUCCAGCCUUGUCUGAGCUAUCUGAUGGAGCUGACGCUGAGCCCUGUGGGGAAGUCAGGAGGAGGAGUUACAGAUUAGAUGAUCAGGAUAACUGAUUACAACAUAACUGACUCGGAGUCGGUACUGUUUCCAGUGUUGAAUGUAUAUAUACACCCAGUCUACAUUGGUUAGAGGAGGUCAAAAUUAAGAAAUCUAUAUAUGCUGAUCAUUCUAUAUAUAACUUUCUCUUGUGCUCCUGGAAGUAUGCAUUUCAUUUCGUUUGUAUUAGUUUUCUAUAACAUUUAUUGUAAUCGCAUGCAGAUAAUGCUGAGUUACUUUAUAACAAGAUUCACGUGAUUGUGGAAGACUCUUUAUUGACAUACACUGUGCAAAUACAUCUUUCUAUACUCUUAAUUCCUUUUGUAUUGUCGUAUCUGUUUUGUUUUUUUAAUUUGUACAGAACCUACACUAUACAAUAAAUAAUUGCAACUUCUAAA